GACACGAUGACAUCCCUAGCCAAUAAAAUUGAAAAUUAAGAAAAAUCUUGAAAUUAGGCUGUGUUUUGUAAUCUAAUUUAUAUUUUCAACGAGGCCGAUCUUCUUUCGAAGCUAACACGAUAAGAAUUGGUUACGCGUGGUUCCUUCGUGCCUCUUAUCAGGUUGUUUGCCGUCUUGGCGUGAACUUCGAAUGCCCUCGCCCGACCUCAUAGUUCCUCGGCCGGCUUAUCACGAUGAAUAAAAUGAGACGACGGAAGAGGAGGAAUGCCAAGUGACUGUCGGGAUUGUCUGGGAAUUCGUUUUCGAAUUAGCACCCUGCACCAGACUUGGAAGUGGCUGCAUCAGACCAUCGCCCUCCACGAGUACCUCAUCGCCCUCUCAGCGUCUGCUGCCGAUGCUCCUUGUGCUCAACACUAGAGUGUU